AUGUUAAGCGCUCGGGCCGUCAUUGCGAAUAGCUCCGCAGCUACCACAUCGAACCCUGCGGCCCUGUCGUGUUAUGCCACAUACUCAGAAUGGCGAGCUGCCUCGAUGAGCUGGGCAAUGACCGCGAUUGAUGCUAAGUCAUGGUCUUCCACGACUACUACCAGCAGCAUCACGCAAACAUUCGACACCGUAGCAACAGUUUACCCCUCUGUGGGUCUCACGACAUACAAACUGUGCGAUGGAUCCCCAAGGGUGGACUUUGAGCCCUUGACUUUGACAUCAACCUACACUUCUGUGACCGAGUUUGAUGCAUAUGUUACUCCAGGACUUCCGACUUAUUCUUCGUCCAAACCGUGUAACGCAUCUUCUGAUGACUGCGAGUAUCUCUACUAUCAUAGCGGGCUGUCCUGGGAUGACAUAACACUUGAGGCCCUCUGCGGAUCGCCCGCACAUCUCGGUCUACCAUGCUUGAUUAUGGGAGGGCCUGUUGAGCUCGCCUACUUCCCGGUCACCACGGUCGGAAACGAUAAGUGUCGCGCUAACGGAUCUACCAUCACGAAUACUGGAGGUCCCACAGUCAUCGAGGCAUUGGGUACCACACUCACGUCCGGUUCGGUCUACCUGUCUUUCCAGACGUUGUACGCCUUCCAGGAGGGCUUUGGCAGAAGAAUUGGUCCCGCCUUUACCGAUUUUAUCCUGCCGUUACCUUCCAGCGCUAUCUCGACGCAAUGUGGUGGAUGGUUCUCUGCUCAGGGCCCUGGGACGUCUUUGAAUUACGCAGACCUGAAUUUCCCUUGGCCAGCAAGUGCCUACAACUGUAUGAACCGUUGUAGUACUGACGUGUCUUUUACCCUGAUGAAUGGUACUCAGAUCAGUUGGUCGCCGCCUCCACAGUGCUCUACUAUCUGGUCAGAUCUGAACCCUAUCCUCGCAAUGCCCACAGAAGUCCGCAAUUUGGUUCCAGCGUGGUCAACAUGUAGCAUGUGGGACGCAGCGCUUCCAAACUUUGUCUUUGAUCCGCCUCGUGCCCUGGUCGCAGGUACAACGGUGGUCACACCGACAGCAGCUUGGGGCGAUCAAGGCUCCGCCACUCCUGCGUCUCCGGCAGCUACCUCAUACACCGCUCUACCGGAGACUGUGGCUUCCACAUCGAUCACAUCCGCAACUACUUCAUCUGUUGUCCCGUCGAGCACAGCGUCAAGCUCGAUCGCGUCUGCAGUAGCAACACCGACCAGAGGUACAGGGGCCACAGGUAUAAGCAUAGAAUUCAACGUUGAUGGCCGUACGUUCACGGCAACAGCCGGCCACAACGCCUUCUCCAUUUCGGGUCAAACCAUUUCGGUCGGCGGGCCACCUCGAGUGGUGGAAGGCGAGACUAUCAGUUUGGCGUUGUCAGGAUUUGUCAUCAACGCGACAGAUACUAUACCGUUCACUUCGAAGCGGGUGUUGACAACCAGCAGUGAUGCAGAAGUCUCUUCGUCGCUCACUAUCAGUAAAGGAUUCAGUCCAUCUUCUGGCUCUUCUUCCAGUCCAUCUUCUACUUCAUCUGGAGCGUCGACGAGUGUGGUAUCUUGCACAUGCAUCUACGUGGUAUCUUUGCUUGCGGUGGUACUAUUCUGA